AUGCUGGCUAAAUAUUCCCUGAGGGGAGUUGUUAGAAGUUAUAGUAGUAUUGGUGCUGCUGCUUCUCAGAAGCUGGCUCAGACGCGGUCUGCUAAAGUGCCAUCUCCAAAGACGCUGAAGAAUUUCCUGGAUGAGUAUAUUAUCGGUCAAGAUACUGGUAAGAAAGUGUUAAGUGUUGCAGUUUAUAACCAUUACUUGCGAAUUAACGAUAAACAGAGAAAAUUGGAAUUGGUGAGGCAAAAGGAAAUCAUCGAGGAAGGUUUAAAAAAGGAAAGGCAAUUGAAAGAAGAGCAGCAGGCAGAACUAGAUAAAUUUGAUGCUGAUAUAAUCGAUGAUUCUGAACCUGUGUUUAAUGGGACUAGUGAGGCCCAGGCAGGAUUGAAGAAUCUGAGAAGACAAUUUAAUCAGAAUGAUAGUUCAUUAUUGAGUGAGGAAGUAAACGAUGACGAUUUAGAAUUGAGCAAAAGUAAUGUAUUAGUCGUUGGUCCAUCUGGUUCCGGUAAGACUCUACUGGCCACUACUUUGGCAAGGGUCCUAGAUGUUCCUAUUUCCAUCACGGAUUGUACACAGUUGACUCAAGCUGGUUACAUUGGUGAAGAUGUUGAAGUCUGCAUUGAAAGACUGCUUGUUAGUGCUGAUUACGAUGUUGCAAAGGCUGAAAAAGGUAUUAUCGUUCUUGAUGAGAUUGAUAAGCUGGCUAAACCUGCAGCAAGUAUUGGUACCAAGGAUGUCUCAGGUGAAGGUGUCCAACAAUCGCUACUAAAGAUCAUAGAAGGUCAUAAAGUCGAAAUUACUGUCAAGCGUCCCGUAAAGGAGGAUUCUGAUGACAAAAAUAACAAGUCAACGACCAAGAAGGAUGAAACUUUUGUAGUGGAUACCUCCAAUAUUUUAUUCAUGAUUAUGGGUGCCUUCGUUGGUCUAGAUAAACAUAUUGUCAAGAGAAUCAAUAAAUUGAAGAAUAUUGAGCCCGAAUCAGAGAAGGAUGACCAACAAAAUAUAAGAUUCAGUAAUACAAUAGAAGAAGUUGAGUUGGAUAAUGGGAAGAAAGUUCCAGCUCUCAAUUUAACCACUCCUACAGAUCUCGUGAGUUUUGGUUUAAUUCCUGAAUUAAUAGGAAGAGUGCCAAUUGUUACCGCGUUACAGCCAUUACAAAGAGAAGAUUUAUUCCAUAUCUUGAAAGAACCCAAGAAUGCCUUAGUGGAUCAAUAUGAAUAUAUUUUUAAACAGUUUGGAGUUAGACUAUGCAUUACGGAGAAAGCCUUGAAAAAAGUUGCUCAAUUUGCCUUAAAGGAGGGAACAGGAGCAAGAGGAUUGAGAGGUAUUAUGGAAAGAAUUCUUUUGAACGUCAAUUACGAAUGUCCCGAAUCUGGGAUCUCAUAUGUUCUUAUUAAUGAAAAAACAGUUGAUUCAUUGCAGCAAACAGAAUACUCUUUGGCAACUCAUGUUGAAGCCAAAUAUUAUUCUCGGGGCCAAAGAGAUGAAUUAAUACGUGAUGUCUAUGAAGAGGAUAAGACAUUAGGAGCUGUACUAGAUAAGCAAUUUGGUAGAACUCCUGCAUUAAGGAAGGCUGAAUAUUCAAAAUAA